AUGGCGAAAAUGGACACGAAGAGCCCGAAGCCCAUUUUUUGGAGCUGCGUGAAGCCCGCUUUGUGGCCCGUGAACUUGCGGGCUAAGGGGACGAUGGCUCAGUCGCAGAGCGGGACUCAGAUUAUGAUGCUAAGGGUGUCGAAGAGGGAGAGGGGGGCCGGUGGGAUUUGGAAGUUCGUGGUGAGGCGGAGGUCCGUGGAGUUGCCCUGGAGGACUAAUAGGGUGCCCAUUUGGCUGUACACGGCACUGAAGACGAUGCCCGUGGCCCACACGGGGAAGAGAUUUACGAUCGACUUGAGCUCCUCGACUUGGGUUACCGUGCAGGGCACCACGGGUCGGGAGGCCUUCGGAUUUGAUACGCACGCUGCCUUGUCGACGAAUCUGAACAAAAAAACAAUUGUGCUACAGCUUCCUACUCGGCUACUCCCCUUCACUACACACUCCCCGUCGUCCCCUGUCUCGUACAAACCCAACCCGCCAGCUGGCACAUCCACCGGAGCUUUCCUCACGCACGCAACAAUCACCCGCAAUAUCCGAGUAAACGGGCUCCCGCCAGGCCUCUGGUUCCGUUAA